ACUUGACCGUCUCCCGCUUGGAAGGCGAGAAAGAUUAAAGGGUAAAGAACGCCCACGUGGCGCCAAAGCAAACAGAGUCCAAAGGCCACAGUGGAGAGAUUCCUUUCUCGGUAAAACUCCUUUUGAGCUCAAUACCCACCACCACCAACGCCACUCACUCACCAAGCUCUCUCUCUCUCCCACCCCCCCCCCCCCCUUCUCCUUUGCUGGUGUUCCACCUCGUCGCUGUGUAUUUCAUGAAGUCCGGAGAUGAUGAGAGAAAAUCAGUCAUCGGAAAAUUCGAAGCCGGUGUGGUAAAAUCUAAAUGUUUGAGGCAGGGCAUUUCCUGAAAGAGCCUCAAGUAGUCGGAAGCAAGAAUUAUACGGUGCACCAAGCCUUAUCAAUAACAUCCAAGUACUGAACUCUUCAUCUUUCGCAACCAAAUCAAGAAGAGUAAUGUUCCUCCAAAAAAGAAUAGCCACAGGUAACGCAAAAAGGGGCAUUCCGAGAAUCGAACUCGGGACCUCUCGCACCCAAAGCGAGAAUCAUACCACUAGACCAAAUGCCCUAUAAGGAUGGUUAGAACGUGCAAAUAGUUAAUUAGCCUGACAAAGGAUUGGUUCUCUUUUGUCUACUCUUCAUGUGGAUAUGCCCGUGGAUUUGCAAUCUAACCUUCAAAUGUUUGGUUUGACCUGCAGAUGCGUCACUAUCACAAAGACAGUGAUGCAAUUUGCCGUGGAACUAUUCAAUAUAAGUUGUAUUUGAUUUGGUUGAAUAUGUUACGUUGGUUUUUCACAUUCUUCAACAUAAAUAAAGUCUACAAUUUUGUAUUCGAGGCACUUCUUCGAUGGUCCCCGUCUGCCCCGCCUACCGUCAUGGGUUGCCACAUCCAAUGAGGCUAAUCCAGCAGAGGAUAUUUAAAGAAAUUAUCUGUUUAAGAAUUUGUGUAGAGGCUAUGAUGUUAGUUGAUUAGAAAUUGACUCCCCCAAUUAUGUCACAAGUAACAUCAUGAUGAAAUUCUAGCAAUCGAGUACUUUUAGGCCCAUCACCCUACUGUUUUAGUCUUCUUUUUUCCUUUUUCUUUUUGGGUGAACACUGUUUUCGUAUUUGACAUUAGCAUUUUAACACCUCUUUGACGGAUUUGAUAGAAUUCAGACACUCAAUCAAGUUCGGAGUGUUGGGAUGUGGAAUUUGAGUUUUACGGAGAAAAGUGAGAUUGAAAUGAAGUUGAUAAAGAAUAGAUAAAUGAUAGUUACCUUCUCCUUUAUUUUUAAGAUUCAAUAAUAUUAUUUGAUGAUGUGAAACGUUUAUUUUCUGUCAUUUUUUAAAAAUCAUCUCUACCAAAAAUCAACCAAAUCGAAAAUCGUUUAACCGUUCGAUUAUGUUUUCAUGAUUACAUUGUUUAAUUGAGGAACAUGGUUCAUCUAUUAUUGGAUAAAAGGUCAAAUGACUAAUGAAUUUGAAUCAUCAAAUGAUGUAGCAAGUGAUUCUCUACCACAGUGGUGGAUAAAAGUGUUGUCAUUGCACUAUGGUAUGGUUCAAACGCCUUAAAUUCUCUAAUCUAACAUCUAAUCUAACAAAUCUAUCGUUUGAUAAUAUAAAAAAAUCAAGAAAUAAUAUUGAAGAAUCGUAAACAUAAUUAACACAAGAAGCUGAAAAGAGAAUUUACAAAAAGAAAUGUAGCCUGGCAAUAUUUUCUCCGCAAACUACUAAAAAUGGUAAAUUAAUCUCGAAAUUAUACGAAAAAUAGUAAAAAAGCAGACAUAAUAAAACAUAUGUAAAGGAAAAUGCUAGAGAGGAUAUUGGAUGGAAUGGAAUUGCUUUAAGUUCGGAGAGCAUGAUUGCCAAAUGGCCACAGCCAUCCGUUUAUCUACAAAUUUAGCUUCGGAGUCGCCCGCAACUCCCUCCCACCCACAACUUUUCAUCUCCCUCCCGCUCUCCAGUUUCCAAUAAAUAACUAGGGGAGUGCAAACAUAGAAGGAUUUAGGAAAAAACAACUGGUUAAGGACAACGAAAGCCAGGGUGCUGCAGGCUCUAUCUCCCUCUGUUACUUUUCUCUCACUUGGUCUUGAUUUCAAAGGGUUGGUGGUGGUGAGUUGAGGUUGUGGGUUGGAAGCCGUAGGCCAUGUCAAGCUUUGCAAGCACCACGCAGAAGUGUACAGCCUGCGAAAAGACGGUGUAUCUGGUUGAUCGGCUGGCUGCCGAUUCCAGAAUUUACCACAAGGCCUGCUUCCGAUGCCACCACUGCAACAGUACCCUCAAGCUCAUCAACUAUUGUUCAUUUGAGGGGGUUCUCUACUGCAGGCCUCACUAUGAUCAACUCUUCAAGCGAACUGGCAGCCUGGACAAGAGUUUUGAAGGAACACCAAAAGUCGUAAAGCCAGCAAGACCUACGGAAAAUGAGAAUGCCAAGUCGGUCUCAAACUUGUUUGCCGGUACCAGAGAUAAAUGUGUGGGCUGUGAGAAAACUGUUUAUCCAAUAGAGAAGGUUUCCGUCAACGGGACUCCAUACCACAAGAGUUGCUUCAAAUGCAGCCAUGGAGGUUGCACCAUAAGCCCAUCCAAUUACAUUGCACAUGAAGGAAAGCUCUACUGCAAACACCACCACAUCCAACUCUUCAAGGAGAAAGGAAAUUACAGCCAACUCGAAAAUGAACGCGAAAAGCUUACAAUGACUGAGCAAGCCAAUCCUAUGGAGAUUGCUGCUGAAUCAUGAUCCAUCUCUUUCUCCUUGUGUGAUUUCCACCAUUUAUGUCGUUGGUAUGUCUUGUUUUGUUUCUUGAUCAUUAUACAUGGGCACUCGGAUGUAUCGCGAGAUUGAAUGUAUUCGGGUAUGAAUGGUUUGCUUUGAGGGU